ACACUUAGCCGGAAAAAUCUCAUUUAAUAUAAAAUUAAUAUUUAGAAAUCAAAUGAAACAAAUUAUAUUUUAAUAACCAAAAUACAACCCUAAUUUUUAGUUCCUAUGGGUCUUAAAUAUUGUCAUGUAGCUUCAAUUAUUUUAUGAAAUGCAACUUACUUUGUUAUCAAAAACAGUUUGAAAUUAGUGUCUUUACAAUGGCAAUCUUACCAGCUAGCUCAGGCAAAACUUUAGUAUAGCAGAGUAUUUUAUGCUGCCAAUUUCAUUACAUUAUCAAACCCACUUCCCCUCCAUUACAAACCUUCAAUCCUUAAUUUUCAAGAAAAUGAUUGCCAUGACAUCAAUCUCAACUCCCCACUUAUUCACACCAACUCAUGAUCCCUCCCAUGAAACCCCAUCUUUUUCCCUCUUCCAAAACUGUAAAUCAAUGGACCAACUCAAGCAAAUCCACUCCCAAACCAUCAAAACAGGCACCAUAAUCAAACCCGUUGUCCAAAACAAGAUCCUUUCCUUGUGUUGUACUGAAGAAUUUGGAGAAAUGGAUUAUGCACGGAAGCUGUUCGACAGAAUGCCUGAACCAACAGUUUUUCAUUGGAACACAAUGUUGAAAGGGUAUUCGAGGAUUGAUUGUCCUAGACUUGGAGUUUCUAUGUACUUAGCCAUGUUGAAGUGUGGUGUUUUGCCUGAUUGUUACACUUUUCCUUUCUUGAUCAAGGGUUUUAAGAAAGAUGUUGCGGUUGAGUAUGGGAAAAAGUUGCAUUGCCAUGUGGUGAAAUAUGGAUUGGACUGUAACGUGUUUGCUCAGAAUGCGUUGAUAAAUAUGUAUGCUUCGUGUGGUUUAGUUGAUAUGGCUCGUGGGGUUUUCGAUAUGAGUUGUCAAACUGAUGCUGUCACUUGGAAUGCUAUGAUUUCGGGUUAUAAUAGAAUGAAGCGAUAUGAUGAAAGUAAGAAGCUUUUUCUCGAGAUGGAGACAAAAAGAGUGCUGCCUUCUUCGAUUACUCUUGUUUCGGUAUUAUCGGCUUGCUCUAAGUUGAAGGAUUUGGAGUGCGGCCGUAGAAUUCAUAAGUAUGUUUGUGACGGUGUUGUCGAGUCUAAUUUGAUUGUAGAAAAUGCUCUGAUUGAUAUGUAUGCUGCCUGUGGUGAAAUUGGUGUUGCACUUGGUAUUUUUGAGAAUAUGAAGAGUAGAGAUGUAAUUUCUUGGACUGGAAUUGUAGCGGGAUAUGCAAAUGUCGGACAACUUGAUAUUGCUAGAAAGUAUUUUGAUGAGAUGCCCGAAAGAGACUAUGUCUCAUGGACUGCAAUGCUCAAUGGAUAUCUCCGAGUGAAUUGUUUCAAAGAGGCUUUGAUUCUCUUCCGCGAGAUGCAAACAUUGAAUGUAAAACCAGAUGAGUUCACAAUGGUUAGCGUACUUACUGCUUGUGCACAACUUGGGGCACUAGAGCUAGGAGAAUGGGUAAGGACUUACAUUGACAAAAACAAAGUCAAGAAUGAUGCAUAUGUGGGGAAUGCUUUGAUAGACAUGUAUUUCAAAUGUGGGCAUGUUGAAAAAGCGAAAAGCAUAUUUAACGGUAUGCCUCAGCGAGACAAAUUUACAUGGACUGCAAUGAUUGUGGGCCUUGCCAUUAAUGGAUUUGGUGAAGAGGCUCUUGAUAUGUUCCACCGUAUGCUGAAUUCUUCAGUUACUCCGGAUGAGGUAACUUACAUUGGUGUUCUUAGUGCUUGUACUCACACUGGCAUGGUAAAUGAAGGAAGAAGGUUUUUUGCUACCAUGACCAUCAAACACGGAAUUGAGCCAAAUGUGACUCAUUAUGGAUGCAUGGUAGAUCUUCUCGGACGAUUUGGGCAUCUAAAAGAAGCUCAUGAACUAAUAAAGAAUAUGCCAAUGAAACCAAACUCCAUAAUUUGGGGAGCUCUUCUUGGUGGUUGUAGAAUUCAUAAAGACGCAGAAAUGGCCGAAUUUGCUGUUAAACGAAUGCUCGAGAUAGAGCCAGAUAAUGGGGCAGUUUAUGUUAUCCUAUGCAAUAUAUAUGCAGCUUGUAAUAAAUGGGACAAGUUGCGUGAGUUGAGAAAGGAAAUGAUGGAUAAAGGAAUUAAGAAAAUACCCGGUUGCAGUCUGAUCGAAAUGAAUGGAGUUGUUCAUGAAUUUGUUGCUGGAGACCAAUCUCAUCGGCAAACUGAAGAUAUAUAUCUGAAGUUGAAAGAAAUGACAAGUGAUUUGAAACUUGCAGGGUACUCUCCUGAUAUUUCUGAGGUGUUUCUUGAUAUAGGGGAAGAAGAUAAAGAAAGUGCAGUUUUCCAGCACAGUGAGAAGUUAGCUAUGGCAUUUGGGCUCAUCGCUUCAGAACCUCAGACGACGAUUAGAAUCGUGAAGAACCUUAGAAUGUGCGUAGAUUGUCACAGAACGGCAAAGUUGGUGUCAAAAGUGUAUGAUAGAGAAGUUAUCGUAAGAGAUCGAACUCGUUUCCAUCAUUUCAGGAACGGUUCAUGUUCGUGUAAAGAUUAUUGGUGAGUUAAAUUAGACGGAAGAUUGUAACUUAUGAAUCAAAUAAUUCUUCAGAGUAUCUGAUGUCAGAAAUUAGAUUAGGUUUUGAAUUUAAGUUUUGCAGGUUCAGCGAGUAGGAUUGAAAUUUGUAGAA